AACUCUGGGAGGGCUCAUGCCAAGGAGUACUUCCCAGAACUUCUGCUGCCAGUGUCCUUGUCCUCAUGGUGAGACACAGCCACCCCCCGCCUCUGCAGGAGACCCUCCAACACUAGCAGCCCAAGAUGAAGAUGAAAGGACUGUUCUUGCUGACAACAAGUGUAAGUGUGCCCGGAUUACUUCCAGGGUCAUCCCUUCUGCUGAAGAUCCUAGUCAAGACAUUGUGGAGAGAAACAUCAGAAUUAUUGUUCCUCUGAACAGCAGGGAGAAUAUCUCUGAUCCUACCUCACCCCGGAGAACCAACUUUGUGUACCAUUUGUCCGACCUCUGUAAAAAAUGUGAUCUUACAGAAGUGGAGCUGGAUAAUCAAGUAGUUACUGCCACCCAGAGCAAUAUCUGUGAUGAAGACAUUGAGACUUGUUACACUUAUGACAGAAACAAGUGCUAUACAAACAGGGUCCCACUUAGCUAUGGUGGUAAGAUCCAAAUGGUGGAAACAGCUUUGACCCCGGAUUCCUGCUAUCCUGACUAAUUUAAGUCAUUGCUGACUGCACAACUCCUUAUCUUGAAAGGCUCUCCAUUUUGAUUCCAGGUAGUUAAUAUAUUUACUACCAAUGAAUUUGAAACCAUGAUUUUUUUUUUUUGGAUAAUAUAAAACUAACUACCCCACUCCUCCCCACCCCCCUGCCCCUGGGCAAAUAACUGAAAUAGUAGCAUUGUUAUUUUUUAAGGUAAAUUUCUAGCAUUUAAAAAAAUAGACAAGGGGAGAAAAUAAAACUCAAAAGAGUAAAAAUCAGGAGACAUAAUUAAAUUUUGCCUUUUUUUUUUUUUGGCUUUGCCCUGGAGAGCCUGAGCUUUUGCACAUUCCAUACUAUUCUCUUUAAAAAAAGUAUCACUGUGCAGAGAAAAUUUAUAUGUAAAUAUAGGUCAAUUGUUUGUCUUCAUUAGAAAAAUAAUAAUUGGAAAACAUGUUUUGGAAAUAUUCAUAAAACAAUUUAAAAUGGGAUCUCUAAUAUUUAUGAAACCAAUUAGCUGAAAGUGGCAUAAUUAAGUGUAUAAUUGAAAAAUAUAUUUUGAUAUAACAGAUUUGGGAGCAAAUGA